AUGUCCGCCGAUCACCCCCAACCACCCAGCGGCUCUGCCGCAAACCCUGCUAGUGGUUACGGUCCUCAAGGUGGCGCCCAAGGUUACGAGGCGUACGCUCAGCAGUACGCUGCGUACGCCCAACAGCAGCAACAACAGGCCCAAGCCCAACAGCAGGCUCAGAACCAGCCAUCCGCCUUCCCUGUCGGCACUGCUACCACUGCCUCCACCACCCAAAGCGCCUACGGUAACAACAAUGCCGCGGUCCCCGCUGUCGCUGGCUCGGGAGCUCCUGCGGCCCAGCCCCCUAACCCAUAUACCGGCAAUCCCGAAGGAAAGCGUGCCCAUCUCUACGUUGGCAACCUUAGCCCACGUGUGACUGAGUACAUGUUGCAGGAAAUCUUCUCCGUUGCCGGCCCAGUUCAGGGAGUGAAAAUCAUCCCCGAUCGUAACUUUCAACACGGCGGACUCAAUUAUGGUUUUGUUGAAUAUUAUGAAAUGCGAUCAGCUGAGACGGCUUUACAAACAUUAGGGGGCCGAAAGAUAUUUGACACUGAAAUCCGGGUCAACUGGGCCUACCAGAACUCUCAAAGCAACGUCAAGGAGGACUUGUCGACUCAUUACCACGUCUUUGUUGGUGACCUCUCACCUGAAGUGAAUGACGAUGUCCUUGCUAAGGCCUUCGCCGCCUUUGGCUCCCUAUCCGAUGCUCGAGUCAUGUGGGACAUGAACAGCGGCAAAUCCCGAGGUUACGGUUUCUUGGCCUUCCGUGACAAGACAGACGCUGAGCAAGCUAUCGCUACGAUGAACGGCGAAUGGCUCGGAUCUCGGGCUAUCCGCGUCAACUGGGCCAACCAGAAGAACCAAGGUAUGGCUGCGACUACCGGUGCCGUCAUCGCGCCUGGUAUGGGUGGAGGAGGUGGAAUGAACCGCGGUGGAUUUGGAGGUGCUACCAACUACGAAGCUGUUGUGCAACAGGCUCCUGCGUACAAUACCACCGUUUACACCGGCAACUUGGUCCCAUACUGUACCCAAGCCGAUCUCAUCCCUCUCUACCAAGGAUUCGGUUACAUUGUGGAAAUCAGAAUGCAGGCCGACAGAGGCUUUGCUUUCGUCAAGAUGGAUACCCACGAGAAUGCUGCCAUGGCUAUCGUCAAUUUGACCGGUACUCCCGUUCACGGGCGACCCCUGAAGUGCUCCUGGGGUAAAGAUCGAGCCUCCGCUGACCCGAACUCUGCCCCCGCUUCGGGAAUGCCGAUGGCCCCGGUUGCGGGCAUGUAUGGCAUGCCGCAAAUGUAUGGUAUGCCUCAGGCUGGUUAUCCGCAGUACUCCGGCUAUCCUCAGUACGCGGCCGGGCCUCAAGGCUAUGGUCAACCUGGUUAUGUCGUCCCUCAACAGGCGGCUGCGACUGCCGAAUCGACCCCUGCUCAACCUUAA